AUGGCUCAAGGGUACAGCGUCUUCAUUGGCCUCGUCAUCGUCGCCGCCAUGUGCGUCGCCGCAUGGUUCCUAUCGCCCAAGGGCGAGAACCAGACAACCUGGCGCUCCUCCCUCAUCAUCGCAUUCAUCAGCUGCUACCUCAUGUGGUUCGUCACGUUCAUGGCCCAACUGCACCCCCUGAUCGAGCCGAGACGAAGCGACGUACGAGCCGAAUUCGCACACGAGUAG